AACGUGCUCCGAACACCCGGAAGCGUAGCAAAGAUGUGAAAAUGUUAUUCUGAAGUUAGUAGUGUUUUGGGACCAGUUAGAGUUAAAAAAAAAGCAACAACUACAUAUUCUCCAUAUUUAGUAAGCUGUAUUGUGUAUUAUAUCUUGAAGAUGAGUGUGAGAGAAGAAAAAAAGGACCCCAUAUCCCUGAAGGAGGAGGGGAACACCCUUUUCAAGGCAGGAGACAUACACGGCGCUGUCUGCUGCUACACCAAAGCAUUAAAGCUGAGUGACAGCAAAGCAGAGAGUGCUGUUCUGUACCGCAACCGCUCUGCCUGCUACCUGAAACAGGAGGAGUACAGCAAGGCUGAGGCUGAUGCCUCCAAAGCUCUCGAUACUGACCCAGGUGAUGUGAAAGCCAGGUUCCGGAGAGCUCAGGCUUUCCAGAAACUCUGUCGGCUUGAUCAGGCUUUUCUGGAUGCUCAGAGGUGUGCCCAGCUGGAGCCCAAAAACAAAGCCUUCCAGGAUCUGCUCAGACAGCUUGGAGCACAGAUCCAGCAGAAGUCGGUGCAACAAAACUCCACAGAUGCUCGUGUGCAGCAAAUGUUCUCCCUCCUCUUAGAUGCAUCCGCAAAAGACUCAGAUCGACAAAAGGCUGCUCAGAAUCUUGUGGUAUUAUCUCGAGAAGAUGCAGGAGCUGAGCAGAUCUUCCGUAACGAUGGAGUGAAGCUGAUUCAGAAACUGCUUCAGUCAAAGCAGGAGGAUGUUGUCCUAUCUGCCCUGAGGACCCUGGUUGGGUUAUGCACAGGGCAUCAGUCCAGAACUAUGGCUAUAGUGAAUGAGUUGGGAAUGGAGCAGCUGUGUGCAGUAAUGGGAUCAGGAGCCUCCACUGUGUCUCUGGCUGCCUGCCACCUGCUGCAAGUGAUGUUUGAGGCUCUGACGGAGGGCAUGAAAAAAGAGAUCAGAGGGAAAGAUGAAGCUAUACUCCCUGAACCCUCCAAGGAGCUACGCUCAAUGUUACGCCACCUCUUGGAAAUGAUGCCAGCAUCUAAGGUGUCAGGGCCGGGCAGAGACAGCGCCAUCAACCUCCUGGUCAAACAAGUUCCCCGCAAGUCCUUGAAAAACCCAGAUAACUCACUCACGUUAUGGGUGAUAGACCAGGGACUGAAGAAAAUCCUGGAGGUGGCCGGGACAGUGCCUGAGCUCUCAGAAGGACCACCUCUAACAGACAACUCCCACAUGAGCUGCUCUGUCUUGCUUAGCAAACUCUACGAUGACCUAAGGUGUGACACAGAGAGGGAGACCUUCAACAAGCUAUGUGAAGAAUAUGUACAACAACAUUUUAGCCGACAUGGCAUAACAGGCAAGCUGCGAGCCAUCCAGACAGUGUCGGUGCUCCUCCAAGGGCCGAGCGACGUGGGUAACAGAACUCUGGAGAUGUCAGGAAUGAUGGAUGCAGUGAUCUCUCUGUGUGCUUCCGAAGAUGUAACUCACCAGCAGGUAGCGGUGGAGACUCUUAUCCAUGCGGCAGGUAAGGCAAAGAGAGCCUCCUUCAUCACAGCCAACGGCGUGGCACUCCUGAAGGACCUUUACAAGAAGAGCGAGAAUGACAGGAUACGUGUGAGAGCCCUGGUGGGUUUGUGCAAGCUCGGAUCGGCAGGAGGGACGGACUUCAGCAUGAAGCAGUUUGCAGAGGGAUCCACGCUAAAGCUCGCCAAGCAGUGCAGGAAGUGGCUGUGUAAUGAGUCUCUGCCCCAGACCUCCCGCCGGUGGUCCGUGGAAGGCCUCGCCUACCUCACUUUUGAUGCCGAUGUGAAGGAGGACUUAGUUGAAGACAAGAACGCUCUCCUGGCCAUGUUUGAGCUAGCAAAGUCUGAGGAUAAGACGGUGCUCUUUGCUGUGGGUUCCACAUUAGUGAACUGCACCAACAGCUAUGAAGUGGAGAAGCCAGACCCUCAGAUGGUGGAGUUGGCCAAGUAUGCAAAGCAGCAUGUGCCUGAGGAGCACCCCAAGGAUGCACCUUCCUAUGUGGAGAAAAGACUGAUGAAGCUGCUGGAGGCUGGUGUGGUGUCUGCGUUGGUGUGUAUGGUCAAACAGGAGAGUCCUGCCCUCACGGACGCGUGUAGGGACUGUAUCGCCAGGGUUUUCUUGGCUUUGGUGGAACGACAGGAAGACAGAGGCACAGUGGUGGCACAGGGUGGAGGAAAGGCUUUGAUCCCACUGGCAUCUGACAACACAGAUGGAGGUAAAAUCAAAGCAGCACAAGCUCUGGCAAAAAUAACCAUCACAUCUAACCCAGAGAUUGCCUUUCCAGGAGAAAGGAUCUAUGAGAUGGUGCGCCCCCUUGUCAGUCUUCUGAGUCUUGAAUGCACCCUGCUGCAGAACUUCGAGGCACUCAUGGCUCUCACCAACCUGGCCGGCAUCAGUGAAAGACUCAGACAAAAGAUCAUAAAGGAGAAGGCAGUCCCAAAAAUUGAAGGCUACAUGUUUGAGGAGCACGACCUGGUCCGAGCAUCUGCCACAGAGUGCAUGUGUAAUCUGGUUUUAAGCCCAGAGGUGCAAACGUUGUACCUGGCCACAGGGAACGAUCGUCUGAAGCUGCUCGUGCUCUACAGCGGAGAGGAGGACGAGAGGCUGCGGAAAGCUGCUGCAGGAACUCUGGCCAUGCUGACCGCUGAGCAGCCGGAGCUCUGCGCCCGCAUCCCAGGAACGACGACCCACUGGCUAGAGAUUAUACAGUCGCUUUUGCUCUGUGAAAUAUCCGACCUGCGCCACCGGGGAGUGGUCAUAGUUCAAAACAUGAUGCAGGCGGAGAAGAGUCUGGCCGAGACGCUCAUGGAGAGCGAAGCUCUGGAGAUCCUUUCUGUGUUGGCGAAGGGAGGAGAGGGCACGCCGGAGCCUGUUUCAAAGAUAGCUCAAAACUGUCUAGACAAGGCCGUGGAGUACAACAUCAUCAUGAACAGGGAAGGGAAGGAAAAGGGCAAAGGAACUGAACCCUGAAAACACAGCUGCAGCGUGUGAAUGUGCCUUCUGGUAAUGUUAAAGCGCUUUGAGUAUUAUGUUGGACCAGUGAAGUCAUUUCACUUUUUGCAGGAAAUCGGUUUUGAUCUGGAUGGGUACAAGCCGAUCGUGAAAUGUGUCUUAACUGUGCAAGGCAAUAAAAACUAAAGAAAAUAAAGAGAAAAGGUAGUACAUGAAAGCCAGCAGAUACUCACAGAAGUGGUUUGCUGUUUCACAUUGCUUUUGCACUCAUUGUAUUUAUCUUUAUAAUUAUAAUGUAUGUACAUGGACCACCACCAAAAGUGUAUGUGUAUGUCCAAUCAUGCUACUUUAUAUAUCUCUUACUAAAGAUUGCCAUUCAUUGAUAAUUGCAAUUUUUUUUAUUUUUGUCAAUAUCAUGCUCCAAAAUGCACUGUCUCAAUUUCCAUUACUUCCACUACUAUAUAUUUAGUGUGAAAGUGUGUCUGUUUAUCACUAUUAUUAUUAUCACUCCACAACAUUCCCAGUGUCUUAAUUGUACGUUGGUCGUUUUCUAGUUUUGACUGAACACAUGGGCAAAGAAAUAAACCCUAUGUACCUGCA